AUGUCAUCAAAUUCAAACACAACCGCUACCAUGGAUUCCAUCAAAAAGAAGAUGCAAUCUAUGAAAACGGAAAAAGAUAAUGGCAUUGAACGUGCUGAACAAGCCGAACAAGCUCAAAAGGACUUGGAAGACAAAUUGAAAGUGUCUGAAGAAGAAAGUAAUUCUCUACAAAAAAAGAUUCAACAGAUCGAAGCAGAACUCGAUGCUGCUCAAGAACAAUUAGCUGAAGCCAAUGCCAAGCUUGAAGCUAAAGAGAAAGCUGCUACUGAUGUAAGUCUUUUGAAUUGA